AUGGGGAUAACAACAUGGCUUUACCUCUGCUCCAUAUUUGCAGGUAAAUUUUUAAUUAGAACGGGAAAGACCGGAAAGUAGUGCAAAUAUUUAGAUCGCACAGCAAAAAUUAAUUUUUAGAGUUAAUAAAAAAACUAUAGAAAUAGACGUUUUUCUACCUUCUCGUUAUCUGUAAUAUUGAUUUAAAAAUAUUUCAGUAAAUGCGGCAGAGCAAGCCAUUAACAGCUAUGAUCCGGACUAUGGUGUAUAUCUUGGUGAGCUUGCGGAUUUGACAGACGUUGGAUUGAGUGGAAAUGUGUAUUUGGUCAACGAGUCAUGCUUUCAAGUUCUCAAUUUUACUUUUACUGGAACCGCCGGUAAGCUUCUUUCAUUUUUUCAAAAUUCUAAAAAUUUGUUGUCUUUUGCCCCCAUCAAAAGGUCACAACAGGCCAUGAACAUCUGCUUGCUUUAAUCCUAUUAGAUAAAAUAACGGCGACCCUGGGGAUGAUACUGGUUGUAAAUUUCUUUUGUCGGCAUGUAAUCUAAUAAAAUUAUCUUUCUACAAAAGUUAACUGAUUUUUUCUAACUUUUUUUUAAAUUAAAAUUUGUUUUUAUGUAUUAUAUAAGUAAGAAUUUUAUUUUAUAAAUAUUAUUUGAUGUUUUUUUCUUCUAAAUUUAUUUAUUUAUUUUUCAAUAUUCACUCGUAAAGUCAUAAUAUAACAUAAAAUCAGAAUAUAAUAUAAAAUAUAAAUUUUUAACGAUAAAUGACAGUACAGUGAUGAGCGUUUACAUAGCUAUUGAUCCCUUAAUUGUCUUAAUGAUCUAGGAAAAAAAGAGUUGGCCUAUGCUGUAUUAUCAUAAUGAAAAAGUUGUUUUCAUUUUGUCCCUUUUUUAGAAGCCUUUUUCUGGAUUGAUUCAACUGAUUCCUCUACAAAAAAUGGUUAUAAAUUACGCACGCAAGAAUACGGGUAAGAACUUUACACUUACGAAAAAAUCGUAUAUUUUAUCCUAAUUAUAUAUAUAAUCAAAUCAAAAUUUUCUUUUUUAUAUUAAGCAAGUUAAACCGUGUGUUUUUCGACGAUAUGUUUAUAUAAGUAAUCUUCCAGCCUUACGCCGCUGGGAACGUACGAAAAUGUAGAAAGAGUGGUAUUGCACCUUCCACAACGUAAACGUAUAACUGAAUUUAAAACAAUCAGUGUAUAUUCUGUGUCAGAGGUAUGUUUAUGGAAUUAAAAACAUUAACAUGACGUAAUUUUUUCGUUAUAAUACCAAGAAAAUUGUUGUUUGUCCAAUUGAAUUAGUUCUUAAUUUUUUAAUUAGCGAGCAAAGUUUAAAUAGUUAAAAAAUGUUUUUAAAUAUUAAUAAUUUACACAAAAGUAAAAUAUUUUUUAUUUUUAGCAGCAAGCGCUGUCCUUUAUCUCUAUUCCAAGCGAUGUUACCGUUCCAAAGUCCCAAUUUAUUGGAAAAGAACUUUCUGGUCUACGUUACGGUGUAGGAUCUGGUCCUAUUCUAAUUCAAGAUCGUCGCACAAUUAAAAUUUUCGCAUUUACUUUUGAUGCCGACAAGGCUCCAGACGGUUAUUUUUUUGUCGGCCGUGGCGGUAUUGUUGUACACGACGCCGGAGUGAAAGUUCCUAUUCGUAACCGGGAUUCCGUGUCCGAAAUAACGCCUAUGAAUCAAAGAUAUCGUGGAGGAGACGACAUCAUACUCGACUUGCCUAAAGAAUACGACAUUAACCACAUUGACUGGCUGUCUGUCUACUGUUACAAAUUUAGGGUCGAUUUUGGGCAUGUAUUUAUCGGGAAGAUUGGCGACCACAUUCCCCCAUUUGUACCAAUUGUGACAAAUAAAUUUUCUAAACUUGGUGCAUGGAAGCCACAGACGCUUGUGGGUGCUCCUCUACAAACGAAUUUUGUUUUACAGUUAGGACCCCCAGGCAGUCAAAAAGGAUACAAAGGUUACACAGGCCUAAAUCCAUCCGAUUUGGUGUGGUAUACCAACGGUCAUUUGGCUGAAGUUUACUUAAAAAGGGGAAUCAACUACACUUUCACGUAUGUUUUUAUCGUUUAAAAUUCAAAUUCUAGCUUAAAAUUCUCAUAUAAAAAUAGAACUAUUCAAAAUUAAUUUUAAAAAAACAUUUUAUAUUCAUCCGUUAUUUUUUGAGAUUUCAGACUCGAGGGAGGAUCAAAUAAUUCGUUUUACGUCUCUGAUGACCCAUUUGGAGGUCUUAAUAAACUUGAAACUGACGAAAAAAGUGUAAGUUUUAAAUCUUGAAAACUCUUUUAAAAAAAUUUUUGAUCUUAAGGUGCUUAAACAGAACAUUUUAGCAAAUCAAGCUCAUUAGCAAAGUUCAAUUUCCAUCUGACAAACUUUGUGUUUGGGAAUCUGAUGCAACAGAUCCGGAUAAAUACGAAACGUUUUCGGAAUUCCGAAAAACUCUUCACAUGUGGUGCCAAAAUAAGGAAGCUCAAUCUUCCGUGUUGUCCUUCACACCUGACAAAAAUACACCGGAUUUGGUAUACGGAAACGUACGUUCUUAAUCUUAUUUUAAAUAUAUAUUUUUUAGAAAAAAUUAAAUUAACCAAACCGUAAAGUUAACACCCCCCUCCUCCCCCCACUCGCGUCCAGUGUUUUGCCUGUACCGAGUUUCUUUUUCUGUCCUUUAAGCUUGCGGCGGAGUUUUAUAGUAUUAUACGGCCAUACUUUCUGAAAAAUAAAAAAUUUUUUCUGGACCGGACCCAAAUUUUUCAUCCAGAUUCGUCCGGACCGGACUGGACCCGUCCGGCAAGACACUGCUCGCGCCCGCCCCUUAUGACACCAUAAUGUUAAAGACGAAUAAAGAAAUAAUUUUCUGUUUUUUCAGUCAGCUUCAAAUUACAACAUGGGUUUCAAGAUUCACGUCUUGGAUGAAUUUUCCUCGGAAUUAGAAAGUUCUUACAAAGAGGCAGUGGAUGAUGCUGACGCUUGGACCAAUCGAACGAACUCUAUGGCAUCAUUCUCAUGCAGCGUUUUUAUGCUCGUGAUUUCACAAGCAUGGGUUUAUCUUUAA